GCUCGACAGCUGCCCCCCGUUUGUGCUCAGUUCCUUCAGCAGCAGCAGCACUACCAGUCCCAGGUGGAGAUUUUCACCUUCCAGCCGGACAAGCCCAGUAAGGAGCUGGCGGAGCUGGUGAUGUUCCUGGCACAGGUCGCUCACUGCUACCCAGAACACAUGGCCAGCUUUCCCCAGCAGCUGAAGGAGCUGCUCUCCUACCACCACUCAGUCCUGGACCCAGACCUGCGCAUGACAUUCUGUAAGGCUUUGAUCUUGUUAAGAAACAAGAACCUGAUAAACCCAACGAGCUUGUUGGAGCUCUUCUUCCAGCUGCUGCGGUGCCAUGACAAGCUUCUGCGAAAAACUCUGUAUACUCACAUUGUGUCGGACAUCAAGAAUGUCAAUGCUAAACACAAGAACCAUAAAGUAAACACAACACUGCAGAACUUCAUGUACACGAUGUUGAGAGACAGCAAUCCCACUGCUGCCAAGAUCUCCCUGGAUGUGAUGAUAGAACUUUACAGAAGGAAUAUCUGGAACGAUGCCAAAACGGUAAAUGUCAUCACAACCGCCUGCUUUUCAAAAGUGACAAAGGUUUUAGUUGCUAGUUUAAAGUUCUUUCUUGGGAGAGAUGAAGAUGAGAAACAAGAUAGUGACUCAGAAUCUGAGGAUGAUGCGCCUACAGCCAGAGAUCUGCUGAUGCGGUACGCGACGAACAAGAAAACCACUAAGCGCAAGAAGAAGCUGGAAAAAGCCAUGAAGGUCCUUAAGAAACAGAAGAAGAAAAACAAGCCAGAGGUGUUCAACUUCUCUGCCAUUCACUUGAUUCAUGAUCCCCAAGAUUUUGCAGAGAAACUGCUAAAGCAGCUGGAGAGCUGUAAGGAACGCUUUGAAGUGAAGAUGAUGCUCAUGGACCUAAUAUCUAGGCUGGUUGGAAUACAUGAGCUUUUUCUUUUUAAUUUCUACCCCUUCAUUCAGAGAUUCCUGCAGCCCCAUCAGAGAGAAGUGACAAAGAUUCUUCUGUUUGCUGCUCAGGCUUCACAUCAGCUAGUACCCCCCGAGAUUAUCCAGUCAGUGUUAAUGACCAUUGCCAACAACUUUGUCACUGACAAGAAUUCUGGGGAGGUCAUGACUGUAGGAAUAAAUGCAAUAAAAGAAAUCACUGCUCGAUGUCCAUUGGCUAUGACUGAAGAUCUGCUCCAAGACCUUGUUCAGUACAGGACUCACAAAAACAAAAAUGUGAUGAUGUCUGCAAGAAAUCUGAUACACCUUUUCCGCACUCUUGAUCCAGAGAUGCUGCAGAAGAAGCUCAGGGGUAAGCCUACUGAGGCCUCAUCAGAAGCCAGGAUUCAUGAAUAUGGAGAACUGGAUGCCAAAGACUACAUUCCAGGAGCAGAAGUACUGGAUGUUGAGAUUCAAAAGGAAGAGGGGGGAACCCAGGAGGAAGAUGGCUGGGAAAGUGCUAGUCUGAGUGGGGAAGAAGAUAAUGAAGAUGGAGAAUGGAUUGAUGUGCAUCACUCCUCAGAUGAGGAGCAGCAAGAAGUAGCAGAGAAGGUGAAAAGCAUGCCCAUAGAUGAACGGAAAGCCAAAGCUGCAGCAGUCAGUACAAGCAGGCUGCUCACUCAAGAAGAGUUCCACAAAAUACGCCUCGCCCAACUUUCCAAAGAAGUUAAUGCUGCACCGGGCAAAGCUGCAAAGAGGAAAUAUAUUGAAAUAGAGGACGAAGAGGAGGAAGGCAGGGGAGAGCUACUUUCACUCAGGGAUAUUGAACAUCUACAUAAGAAGCCAAAAUCAGACAAGGAGACCAGACUGGCAACUGCAAUGGCUGGAAAAACAGACAGAAAGGAAUUUGUGAAAAAGAAAACAAGAAUUAACCCAUUUGCCAGCUCUUCCAACAAAGAAAAGAAAAAGAACAAGAACUUCAUGAUGAUGAGAUACAGCCAUAGUGUCCGGACGAAAAAUAAGCGUUCUUUCAGGGAGAAACAG